AAGAAUAAAAAAUAAACAAAAUCUAAGGACCAAAGACGGAUUAUUCCUUCAAAUACCGGCCGGUCUGUGCCCUCACUUAUUUUUCUCCCCCGGACCGUAGCCCAUCUGUAUUCCCCCCUUUUAUUUAGGGUUUUAUUUAUUUUUUGCCUUCCUGUGCCGCACCCCUCCUUCCCUCUGUUCUGGCCCAUCUCGCUGCCGAGCGAGCGCCCUAGGCCCCUCCCCUCGCUCGUCUUCAUCCUCGCGCGAGCGCCGCCACCCCUCCCUCCUUCCGGCUCGUCCGCUGCCGACCGCCGCCACAGGCCCCUCGUUCGUCUUCCUCCUCGCGCUAGCGUCCACACCGCCGGUUGGUCUCCCCUUCGUCUCUCUCGCUCCCGACCGUUUCUCCCCGCAUCGCCCCAUGAACCAAUUUUCUCCAAUUCGUAACUGAGGCGAAAAUCAAGGUAGGGCGGCAGCCCUACCUUGCCCUAACCGGGUCGGAACGAUUGGGCGGGGAGGAGGACGAGGGGGAUGGCGGACGGAUCGAACGAUCCCGACGACGCCGCGCCCGACUCGCCGGCGGCCGGCGGCGAGAUCUGGGGCACGCUGGAGGAGCUCCUCCUGGCGUGCCUCGUGAACCGGCACGGCGGCGCUUGCUGGGAAAAGGUGGCAGAGGAGUUGCGGGCGCGCGUCCCCGCCGCCGCCGCGGCCGUCGCGCGGUUCACGCCCGAGAGUUGCCGCCUCCGCUUCCGCCUCAUCCGCCGCAGGUUCGCCGCCGGCGACGCCGAGGCCGACGGGGAAGAACUCGUCGCCGCCGCCGCGUCGUGUAUGGAGGAACUUCGAAAGCUGCGGGUCGCCGAGCUCCGCCGCGAGGUCGAGCGACAUGAUCUCUCGAUCGGGGCGUUGGAAUCAAAGGUGAAACGCCUCAAGGAAGAGAGGGAGAAGAGCCUCUCCGCCGUCUCCGGCGAGACAACGCCGGCGUCCGAGGAGGAGCAGGAGGAGGCCAUGAACGAGUCACCCGAGGAGGCUGGCGGGGAGAACGGGGUUUCUGGCGCCGAUGGGCACGCCGCGGUGGAGGAUGAGGACGAGCCCGACGCGGGCGCCGUGAAGGAGGAGGAGGAGAACGCCUCCGGCGAGUCGGUGGCCGCACCCAAGGAAGCCGACGCGGAGGAGAAGGAGAGCAGCGACGUGCAGAGCUCCGCCAGCCCAUCCAAGCGGCGCCUGCGGAAGGUCGGCGGCGAGGCGCUUUCCUCGUCUGCGUCCGCGCCGCUCCCCGCCGCGGAGGCCGAGCCGCUUCUCGCCUUCCUGGAGUCGGUCCGGGCCAGCAAGUCCGGCUCUGUGUUCGAGCGGCGGCUCGAGAGCCAGGAGUGCGGCAAGUACAGGAGCACCAUCAGGUGCCACGUGGACCUGGAGAUGAUAAGAUCCAAGCUGGAAUCAGGCGGGCCCACGGCUACUACCGGGAAAGGCGGCAGCCCGUGCUACUACACAUCGGCCUCCGAGUUCUACCGCGACCUGCUGCUGCUCUGCGCCAACGCGCUCGUCUUCUUCCCGCGCGGCUCGAUGGAGCAAGCCGCCGCCGCCAGGACCCGCGCGCUCGUCUCCAAGCGCAUCUCGGGCUCUCUCCCCGGUGGGGCUGCCGGGAAGGCUUCUGCUGCUGCUGCUGCUGCCGCGGCGGGCGGCGGCGGCUCGGCGGAUGGCGGGAAGAAGCCUAAGCCGGAGGCGGAGGCCGAGGGGUCGCUCAUGGAGAAGUCGACGCCGAUCAUGGUGAGCCGGAAGAGGAGCUCCAUUGCGAAGGCCGCGGCGAAUGCUGGCAAGGAGGAGAAAGUGGAGAAGGCGGACGACACUGAUGAAGAGGAGGAGCAAGACGAGGAGGAAGAGGAAGACAAGAAGAAGAAGAGGGGAAGCGCCAGUGGCAGGACGCUGAGGUCGAGCAAGACCCGGGAACCUGCCAUGAACGGGUCUCCGGUUGGGAGGAGGACGAGAUCCAAGGGGAGCGCUGCGGCUGCCGCUGCCGAAGCGAGCAAGAAGCCUGACAAGAAGAGUGGCGGCCGCGGCAAGGCGGAGGCGGCGGGGGAAGGUGGCGUCGUCAAGAAGCGGAACGCGGUGGACUUCCUCAACCGGAUGAAGCAGAGCUCGUCACAGUCGACGGAGAGGGUGUCACUGCUGGAGACGCUGAAGCUCUCGGCGACGGAGCAGACGGAGGAGAAGAAGGCCGGCAGAGGGAAGGACAAUGGCAGCUCCUCCAGCUCCAGGAGGUCCGCUGCAGCUGAAACGCCGCCGUCAAGAGGGAGGAGGAACGUGGGCCGCCCCCCAAAAAGAGCUGCCGCACCUCCGUCUCCGCCGCCGCCCAAGAGGGCCAAGGCUGAGGACCGGCCGGCGACAAGGAGGCGCGGGAGGAAGUGACCGGCGAAUGGGAGGCAUCAGGAGGUCAGCUGUGUGUACAUGUAGGGCAGUAGGAAGAAGGGUGCCUGGAGCUUGGGAUUCUCCAGUGUUGUAGGGGAUAUCCGGAAUCAUUCUUGUUCUUUUUUGGCGACGGGGGAGCGUGCGUCUCUCGUCUGGUGGGAGAAUCUGGGCUGGGGAAGGAAGAACUGUGUUCCCUUGGAAAACUGUUGUGUGAUGUAAUGUUUUGGGCUAGAUCUGGGAACUUUUAUAUACUUAGAAGCAGGAAUGAACAAAAUAUGAGAUAUUGAUAGAGCAGUCGCUGUUGUGGUUUAAUGUUCUGGAAUCUGGACGACUGGAUUGCAUCCUGAAACUUUCAUACUAGAAGCAAAAAUGAUUUGGGUGA